AUGGCAUUAAUUGUGAGCACUUCUAGUGUUCAAUUAUCACCCCUUUUGGCUGUAAAUGAGGGGUUCCAUAGGCAGCAUUCACGCGUUCUUGUUAGGAGUGUAGGUGGUGGGGAUUCGGCAAUGGUAUCGCAAGAAUCAGUUAGGAUUGACGGAGUUUCUUGUGUUAAUGAUGGGGGAAAAGUGAGUGAGAAAAAUGUUGUUAAAGAGUUGGAACCUUUGUGGGAUGAUGGUUAUGGGACUCAAACCGUGAAGGAUUACACUGAAAUAUCCAUGGAUUUGAUCAAGUGUGAUGGAGGGCCACCUAGGUGGUUUUGCCCGGUCGCAUGCUGCUUGCCUCUAGAUGAUUCACCCGUUCUUCUUUAUUUGCCUGGAAUCGAUGGGACCGGAGCCGGCCUUGUCUUGCACGAGAAAGCUCUUGGAAAGGUUUUUCAUGUUCAAUGUUUCCAUAUUCCUGUUUGGGAUCGAACACCACUUGAAGGUUUGAUCCAAAUUGUGGAAGAAACUGUGAUGUUUGAGAAUGCUUCAUCCCCGGAUAAGCCAAUCUAUUUGCUUGGAGAUUCUUUUGGAGGAAGCUUAGCACUUGCAGUCGCUGCUCGUAAUCCUACAAUCGACUUAAUACUCAUACUAGCAAAUCCAACAACUUCUUAUGAGAAGUCAUUGUUGCACCCUUUAUCAUCGCUUGUGAGGGCUCUGCCUGAAGAACAUUAUGGAAUGCUUCCAUAUGUCACGAGGCUGCUUCUCGGUGAUCUUUUAAAGAUGGAAACGGUUGAAAUGAAUAACACAAAUCAUUUAUCAUCUCCUUGGAAAUCGUUUGGCAAUCUUGCGCUUCUUUCUUUGAUUAGCGGCAAUCCUAACCGCGCCCACACGGAACCCGCCUCCAAGGACAUCAACGUGAGGGGGCAUUUUUCUUUGGCUCAUUCCACGACUGAGUUGCUGGGCAGAAUAUUAAAUAAAGACACUCUUACUUGGAGGUUGGAGCUAGUUGAAUCAGCUGCUGCUUAUGCAAAUUCUCGUCUCCAUGCUAUUGCUGCUGAAGUACUAGUGCUUGCUAGUGGUAAAGAUCACCUCGUACCGAGUAAAAAUGAGGCCUGGAGGCUUUCAAGAUUAUUGAAGCGCUGCGAUGUGCGCUCGUUUGAGGAAAAUGGGCAUGCAAUCCUAUUGGAGAGUAAUGUUAACGUGUUAUCUGCUAUUAAAGUUGCUCACAUGUACCGCCAUUCUUCGAAGUAUGAUUUCUUCAAGGAUUUUAUGCCUCCUAGUUUGACAGAGUUCAAAAGCUUGCCUAUGGAGACUUGGUUAUACCGCCUUUAUAUGGGUGCAGCAAUGUUUUCAACCAUGGGGGAUGGGAAGAUAGUUAGAGGUCUUGCAGGGGUUCCUAAUGAAGGUGCUGUAUUAGCAGUUGGUAACCAUAUGCUAUGGGGAUUUGAUGUUUUUUCUCUUACUUUAGAGUUUUUGAGAGAGAAAAAAAUCUUGCUUCAUGGUUUACUUCACCCAGAAGUAUAUCAUUAUAAAGUUAAACAUGAAUACGACUCGGAGAUAUCGGAUUAUAAGUUUAAAGAAGAAUACUUUAUGGUUCCGUACACCGACUUAAUGAAGCUGUAUGGUGCAAUUCCGGUUACUGGAAGAAAUCUUUUCAGAUUGUUAUCGAGAAAGUCGUACGUGUUGCUUUACCCUGGUGGUGCACGGGAAGCUCUCCAUCGUAAGGGUGAAGGCUGCAAGUUGUUUUGGCCUGAUAAACAAGAAUUUGUAAGAAUGGCAGUGAAGCUUGGGGCCACCAUUAUACCAUUUGGAGCCAUUGGGGAAGAUGACAUGUCGGAACUAAUCGUUGAUUAUAACGAAAUGAAGAGGAUCCCUUUCCUCGAUGAGAUGUGGAAUGAAUAUAAUCAAGGGAGAAAAAACUUGAGGGAGGCGAUGAGUGGGGAUAUCGCUGAGCAGACCAUUCAUUUUCCUCUCCUCUUUCCCAAGAUACCAGGUCGACUCUACUUUUUCUUCGGAAAACCGAUACAGACAAAAGGAAAGGAAAAUAUGUUGGAUGAUGAAGAUUAUCUGCAAGAGUUAUACGUACAAAUAAAAUGUGACGUCGAGAAGUGUGUGGCUUAUCUGUUAACGAAACGAGAGGAGGAUCCUUAUAGAGGCUUUGUUGAGAGGGUAAUGUGGCAAACAAAUUACAGGGAUUUAGAUCACAUUCCGUCGUUCACACCGUGA